CUUUUUCAAUCGUGGAUGGGAGUUGACGAUGAUAGCAGUGAGCAUCCAUUACGUCUUCAUUAUGCUAUUAUUGCUUAUCGUGCAAUGUUAAGCAGAAACGACCCGCGUGUGAUGCAACUUGCUAGAGAGAUUUAUAACAAAUUUCUGCGUCCCAAAAGUGGUCUAUGUGCCUUCAUUGAUCCAAUAAUUCGUGAACGUGUGGGUCAAUGUCUUCGACAAUCAACUAUAUGCCCUCCUAAUCUCUUUGAUGAGUGCCUUCCAUCAAUAGAUACCUUUUUGCGAAGACAACAUGCCAUAUUCGUUUCUUCACAUGAAUUUCUUGAUAAAUUCAACUCAUCCCUUUGCUUGGAUGAUCAGGCACCAUCAUGUUCAUCAAAUACUACCCAUAAAUCUUCCUCGACUAAUCGAUCAUCUCGUAAAGGACAACAUGAGCAUGUCGUUCCUACAUUAACCGCUGACAUGUUAAAGCGUUCACAACGAGAUCGAGAAGCAAUGGUCCCUGCCGGGACAACAAGUCAACGUUUAUUCCGCCCGGUCAGCAAACUACCAUAUAUUGGUGGACAAGCUCAACCAAGUAAAAACGGUUCUGCUGCGUCUUCCGCCUUCUCUUCAGAGUCAACGGGUCGAACUGUUGGUUCUGGUGAGACAUCUAACUCUAUGAAGCUACUUCGAGAAGAUCAAAGACGAAUGAAUCAUUCCGUUAUGAAAGGGGCCGAUGACAUUAGUAGAAAUCGAAAAAUAGUGAAACCGAUUUCAAGCAAUCAUCCUCGUCAUGACACCGCUGAAGAAAGACGAAAUUUUGCAGAACUUCUACAAAGAAAAUUACAAGCACUAGAACUACGUUACCGUCAAGAAGAGUCGAUAAAGGAGCAAAUUGAACGUAUAAAUUCAGCACGCCAAAAAGGUGUAAAAACAUCUACAAGAGAAUUAAUUGGAUCUACUCUUGGAUGCAAUGAUUCGUUGCUUUUACUUGAGGCUGAAGCUGUGGACGCUGAUGAAGAAUUAGAGAAUUAUUAUCGACUCAAGUUAGCUGAUUUCAACUCAUCUGUGAACAAUUCUGGCCAAUUAUCUCCUCAUUUGGCGUCACAAUCACUUAGGACAUAA